CUAACUCACCAAGUCUCUUGCUACCUAGGUUGGCUCUUAGCAUUCCAAGCAAUUCACCUGGCUAUCUCAGGAGCUCCAACCAGCCUCCUGCCUCCCCUCAUCUCCCAUUUCUUAGUCCUCUGGACUGGGCCCUGAGUCCAGGGGCGUUUGGCAAACAGUCCCCCACCAGCUGCAUGCCUCUGGGCGAGUGAAUGGGGUUCUCUGAGCCUUUGUUUUCUCAUUUGUGAUUUGGGCAUAGGGUUAUCUGGGUCAUGGGGAUUGUUAAGAUUAGACAAAGCCCUGUCCUCUUUGAUUGACAUGCAGUAUGCUCUUGGUAGAUAGUAGGGAGCUCUUGUCAUUGUGGUUGGUGCUAGUGACAGGUGCCAAGAUGGAAUCUUAGGUACAUUGGGAUACUUAGUGUCAUAAAAGUCUCAAUGUAGGAGGACUUGUGUGAACAGAAGACUCAGUGCCUAGAGGAGCACUGGGGGUGAGGGGAAGUGACGCUGGGUCCUCCCAUCUCCAACAUCUGGACCCAGUCACCCGUACCACCAGAUUUCACUUCCACAGCAGGCUGUAUUGUUCUGUCUCUGGGACCUAGCAGUUGACCCUGGGCGAGUUACUUGACCGCGUGAGCUCACGUUUUCUCAUUUGUCCUAAACUCUGCCUUGCUGGGUCAGGGUCAUGGAGGGGAUGAAACGUGAUAACACGAGGAAGCAGCUUGGGCUCCAGAGUCAGCAGAUCCUGGUCUGGUCCCAGCUCAGCUACUGUGUGGGAACCUUGGUCACCGAACGUCCCUGAGUGAAUUUUUUUCCUUCAUUUUAAAGUUGGGGGGUAUUAUUGACAGCAGUCCAAACCCCACGGGAGUGCCCUGAGGACACAGUGAGACAAGGCUUAGAGAAGUGCUUACUAUGGCAUCUGGCACGGGGAGGACUCCUAAUAAGUCUAAUACUCAUUUAUCAUUGUAGUUAACCUGUUUAAGGGAGUCCACAUGCAGAUGAGGCUUGGGAUGUGUUUGUUUUCUUUCUUUCUGCAACCUCUUUUAUUGGUCCGUGUCGGUUUUCCCCUCCCAAAGCUGGGGGCAGGGUUGGGCUUUAUAAAACGUCCCUCCCUGAGCCCCUCUGGGGACUGGGUUCUCAGCAAGUUACUGCUCCUGCCAUCAUGCCACCCUGAUGGAUGUCCAAGCCUCACUUCCCUCCUGCACUCCCCUCUCCCGCCGCCAUCCCUGGGAUUAAGGGAGAGGAGAAUGGCUGCUUGUUACUGCCUACCUACUCUGUGCCAGGUUCUGUGCUCUGUGUUAUUUAUCAUCUCGAUAACCCCAUGGGGAAGAUGUCCAGCUCGCCGCUGUCCAAGAAACGUCGCGUGUCCGGGCCUGAUCCAAAGCCGGGUUCUAACUGCUCCCCUGCCCAGUCCGUGUUGUCCGAAGUGCCCUCGGUACCAACCAACGGAAUGGCCAAGAACGGCAGUGAAGCAGACAUAGACGAGGGCCUUUACUCGCGGCAGCUGUAUGUGUUGGGCCAUGAGGCAAUGAAGCGGCUCCAGACAUCCAGUGUCCUGGUAUCAGGCCUGCGGGGCCUGGGCGUGGAGAUCGCUAAGAACAUCAUCCUUGGUGGGGUCAAGGCUGUCACCCUACAUGACCAGGGCACUGCCCAGUGGGCUGAUCUUUCCUCCCAGUUCUACCUGCGGGAGGAGGACAUCGGUAAAAACCGGGCCGAGGUAUCACAGCCCCGCCUCGCUGAGCUCAACAGCUAUGUGCCUGUCACUGCCUACACUGGACCCCUCGUUGAGGACUUCCUUAGUGGUUUCCAGGUGGUGGUGCUCACCAACACCCCCCUGGAGGACCAGCUGCGAGUGGGUGAGUUCUGUCACAGCCGUGGCAUCAAGCUGGUGGUGGCAGACACAAGGGGCCUGUUUGGGCAGCUCUUCUGUGACUUUGGAGAGGAAAUGAUCCUCACAGAUUCCAAUGGGGAGCAGCCGCUCAGUGCUAUGGUUUCUAUGGUUACCAAGGACAACCCUGGUGUGGUUACCUGCCUGGAUGAGGCCCGACACGGGUUUGAAAGUGGGGACUUUGUCUCCUUUUCAGAAGUACAGGGCAUGGUUGAACUCAACAGAAAUCAGCCCAUGGAGAUCAAAGUCCUGGGUCCUUAUACCUUUAGCAUCUGUGACACCUCCAACUUCUCCGACUAUAUCCGUGGAGGCAUCGUCAGUCAGGUCAAAGUACCUAAGAAGAUUAGCUUUAAAUCCUUGGUGGCCUCACUGGCAGAACCUGACUUUGUGAUGACGGACUUCGCCAAGUUUUCUCACCCUGCCCAGCUGCACAUUGGCUUCCAGGCCCUGCACCACUUCCGUGUUCAGCAUGGCCGGCCACCUCGGCCCCGCAAUGAGGAGGAUGCAACAGAACUGGUGGCCUUAGCACAGGCUGUGAAUGCUCGAGCCCUGCCAGCAGUGCAGCAAGAGAACCUGGACGAGGACCUCAUCCGGAAGUUGGCAUAUGUGGCUGCUGGGGAUCUGGCACCCAUAAACGCCUUCAUUGGGGGCCUGGCUGCCCAGGAAGUCAUGAAGGCCUGCUCCGGGAAGUUCAUGCCCAUCAUGCAGUGGCUAUACUUUGAUGCCCUUGAGUGUCUCCCUGAGGACAAAGAGGCCCUCACGGAGGACAAGUGCCUCCCACGCCAGAACCGUUAUGAUGGGCAAGUGGCUGUGUUUGGCUCAGACCUGCAAGAGAAGCUGGGCAAGCAGAAGUAUUUCCUGGUGGGUGCGGGGGCCAUUGGCUGUGAGCUGCUCAAGAACUUUGCCAUGAUUGGGCUGGGCUGCAGGGAGGGUGGAGAAAUCAUCGUUACAGACAUGGACAUCAUUGAGAAGUCAAAUCUGAAUCGACAGUUUCUUUUCCGGCCCUGGGAUGUCACAAAGUUAAAGUCUGACACGGCCGCUGCAGCUGUGCGCCAGAUGAAUCCACAUAUCCGGGUGACAAGCCACCAGAACCGUGUGGGUCCUGACACAGAGCGCAUCUAUGAUGACGAUUUUUUCCAAAACCUAGAUGGCGUGGCCAAUGCCCUGGACAACGUGGAUGCCCGCAUGUACAUGGACCGCCGCUGCGUCUACUACCGGAAGCCACUGCUGGAGUCAGGCACACUGGGCACCAAAGGCAACGUGCAGGUGGUGAUCCCCUUCCUGACAGAGUCGUACAGUUCCAGCCAGGACCCACCUGAGAAGUCCAUCCCCAUCUGUACCCUGAAGAACUUCCCUAAUGCCAUCGAGCACACCCUGCAGUGGGCUCGGGAUGAGUUUGAAGGCCUCUUCAAGCAGCCAGCAGAAAAUGUCAACCAGUACCUCACAGACCCCAAGUUUGUGGAGCGAACACUGCGGUUGGCAGGCACCCAGCCCUUGGAGGUGCUGGAGGCUGUGCAGCGCAGCCUGGUGCUGCAGCGACCACAGACCUGGGCUGACUGCGUGACCUGGGCCUGCCACCACUGGCACACCCAGUACUCAAACAACAUCCGGCAGCUGCUGCACAACUUCCCUCCUGACCAGCUCACAAGCUCAGGAGCCCCUUUCUGGUCUGGGCCCAAACGCUGUCCACACCCUCUCACCUUUGAUGUCAACAACCCCCUGCAUCUGGACUAUGUGAUGGCUGCUGCCAACCUGUUUGCCCAGACCUACGGGCUGACAGGCUCUCAGGACCGAGCUGCUGUGGCCACACUCCUGCAGUCUGUGCAGGUCCCCGAAUUCACCCCCAAGUCUGGCGUCAAGAUCCAUGUUUCUGACCAGGAGCUGCAGAGCGCCAAUGCCUCUGUUGAUGACAGUCGUCUAGAGGAGCUCAAAGCUACUCUGCCCAGCCCAGACAAGCUCCCUGGAUUCAAGAUGUACCCCAUUGACUUUGAGAAGGAUGAUGACAGCAACUUUCAUAUGGAUUUCAUCGUGGCUGCAUCCAACCUCCGGGCAGAAAACUAUGACAUUCCUCCUGCAGACCGGCACAAGAGCAAGCUGAUUGCGGGGAAGAUCAUCCCAGCCAUUGCCACGACCACAGCAGCCGUGGUUGGCCUUGUGUGUCUGGAGCUGUACAAGGUUGUGCAGGGGCACCGACAGCUUGACUCCUACAAGAAUGGUUUCCUCAACUUGGCCCUGCCUUUCUUCGGUUUCUCUGAACCCCUUGCCGCACCACGUCACCAGUACUAUAACCAAGAGUGGACAUUGUGGGAUCGCUUUGAGGUACAAGGUCUGCAGCCUAAUGGUGACGAGAUGACCCUCAAACAGUUCCUCGACUACUUUAAGACAGAGCACAAAUUAGAGAUCACCAUGCUGUCCCAGGGCGUGUCCAUGCUCUAUUCCUUCUUCAUGCCAGCUGCCAAGCUCAAGGAACGGUUGGAUCAGCCGAUGACAGAGAUUGUGAGCCGUGUGUCGAAGCGAAAACUGGGCCGCCACGUGCGGGCGCUGGUGCUUGAGCUGUGCUGUAAUGACGAGAGCGGUGAGGAUGUCGAGGUUCCCUAUGUCCGAUACACCAUCCGCUGACCCCCGUCUGCUCCUCUAGGCCUGCCUCUGUCCAUCCCUCUCCACACCCCUUCCAGCCCAGGGUUCCCAUUUGGCUUCUGGCAGUGGCCCAGCUAGCCAAGUCUGGUGUUCCCUCAUCAUCCCCCUACCUGAACUCCUCUUGCCACUGCCUUCUACCUUGUUUGAAACCUGAAUCCUAAUAAAGAAUUAAUAACUCCCA